AUGGGGAACACGCAAGGCGGAAUGAACAACAACCCCUACGGAUUCUUAGGCAAAAAAGAUGAUAAAGAUAAGGGAAAAGACAGGGAAAAGAAAAAGCUAGAAAGCGCACCUCCAUCACAUAUAGGCAAAAGAAAAAAAAAAAAAAAAGGAGUCCCCGGACAUUCCAAAUUACCAACGGUUACCCCUAAUACAAAGUGCAGAUUGAAACUUCUAAAGUUGGAAAGAAUAAAGGAUUAUCUCCUGUUGGAAGAAGAAUUCAUUACAAACCAAGAACAGAUAAAAACAACGGAAGAUAAAAAUUAUGUGAAGCUAAAAAUUGAUGAUUUAAGAGGUUCUCCAAUGAGUGUUGGAACGCUGGAAGAAUUAAUUGAUGAAAAUCAUGGAAUUAUUGCCACGUCAGUAGGACCAGAGUAUUAUGUAAAUAUACUUUCGUUUGUUGAUAAAGAUUUAUUGGAGCCAGGAUGUUCUGUUCUUCUGAAUAACAAAACGAACAGCGUCGUUGGUAUAUUGUUGGAUGAAGUGGAUCCAUUAGUUUCUGUUAUGAAAGUGGAGAAAGCUCCCCUAGAAUCCUAUGCCGAUAUUGGUGGUCUAGAAUCACAAAUCCAAGAAAUUAAAGAAGCAGUAGAAUUACCAUUAACCCAUCCUGAGUUGUACGAAGAUAUUGGUAUUAAACCACCAAAAGGAGUUAUAUUGUAUGGGCCCCCAGGAACAGGGAAAACAUUACUAGCCAAAGCUGUAGCAAAUGAAACAUCGGCAACUUUUCUGAGAGUGGUAGGUUCAGAAUUAAUACAGAAAUAUUUAGGAGAUGGACCUAAGCUAGUUAGGGAAAUGUUUAAGGUGGCAGAAGAUCAUGCACCUUCCAUCGUUUUUAUUGACGAAAUUGAUGCCGUCGGUACGAAGAGAUAUGAAGCCACUAGUGGAGGUGAGAGAGAAAUUCAAAGAACCAUGUUAGAAUUACUAAACCAGUUAGAUGGUUUUGAUUCAAGGGGAGAUGUUAAAGUCAUUAUGGCAACUAACCGAAUUGAUUCACUAGACCCCGCCUUAAUUCGACCUGGAAGAAUAGACAGAAAAAUACAGCUACCAAAUCCGGAUACAAAAACGAAGAGAAGAAUUUUCCAAAUCCAUACAAGCAAAAUGACCAUGUCGCCAGAUGUCGAUUUGGAAGAAUUUGUUAUGUCCAAGGAUGAGUUAUCCGGUGCAGAUAUUAAGGCCAUAUGUACCGAGGCAGGGUUAUUAGCUCUGCGUGAAAGAAGAAUGAAAAUUACGCAGGUGGACUUGCGUAAGGCAAGGGAUAAAGCACUAUACCAGAAAAAGGGCAAUAUCCCCGAGGGGUUGUACUUGUAA